AUGUGGAGGGAGAGGACAGGAGUCAAGUUCCCCCGUGUCGCCGUUCUCAUCCCUGUCACUUCCCAUGGUUUCCGCUGGAAGGGCAUCGAAGAGGUCCCUCUGAUCAGGUUCUGCCUCCCGUCGAUCAGCCAGACGGCCGAGCUGGGGUAUGACUAUGCGGUGUACAUGGGGUAUGACGUGGGGGACUUGUUCUUCGACAACCAGCAGGUCCUCCAGCAGAUCAAGGUUCACUUCGAAACCCAAAUCCGCAACCCCAACCUCCAGCGCGGAGUCGAGAUGCAACUAGCCGUGCUGGGGUUUGAGAACUUGCUGAAGAAGCCAGGCCCCGUCUUCAACUUUCUCUCCUCCUCGGCGGCUCUGGACGGGGCAGACUACAUCUACCGCAUCAACGACGACACUGAGUUCAGAACCGCGUGGACCUCGUCCUACAUCCGUACUCUGCUCUCCUUUAAGCCUCCCAACGUGGGGGUGGUGGGACCCACGUGCCGGGAAGGGAACGAGAGGAUCCUGACACAUGACUUCGUGCACGUCACGCACCUGCACAUCUUCGGGGUCCACUACCCCCCCGUGCUCAUGGACUGGUGGAUGGACGACUGGAUCUCCAGCGUGUACCCAGCUGAGAACUUCCGCAAGCUGAGAACGGUGCUGGUGACUCACCAC